AUGCUGACCUCAUACGUGCCGCCCAGUGACGACAUGUUCCUGGACACCGAGUUCUCAUCGCCCAUAACGGAUGGGGGAGUCACGCGCUCCGCCUACCGCGCCACCAAAGCAGACCUGCAGGCCCACCUCGCGUGGCAGGCGGCCCUCAACGCCAGGCUGCCAGCCGGCAGCGACUUCAAGCUGGAGUUCCCUUUUAACGGCGCGGGCGUGCUGGAGGCCGCGGCGCAGGCGCUGCCGCCGGGCGCGUUCACGGCCACCCUCCUGGACAUCGACGACCGCGGGAACUGCACCAAGGCGCGUGCGGCAGGCUGGCAAUGA